UUUCAAGCUCUACGUGACUUUCACCCAUUGUCUACAGCAAAUUGAAAAAUAGCAAAAUAGGAAAAAAUAAUACACUUGUUCUCGAUAGUAUUUAUCAGCUCGUCAAUCCUCUCGCACAACGCAACGUAAUUACUACAUAAAAUGUAAAGCAGUUCUAGAUGACAUACUAUCAAAAUGAACGCCCGCAGUCUCACCAUAGUUCAGAUAAUCAUAGUAGGCUCUGUUAGCGCAGUAGUCUACGACGUUACAAAAUAUGGCGCUGAUACUACAGGUAGAAAUCCUAGUACUCAAGCUAUUGCAGCUGCUAUCAAUGCUGCAGCUUUAAAAAAUGGUGGUAUUGUGUAUUUUCCGCGUGGAAAAUACACCACUGGUCCAAUUGAGUUGAAAUCGGGGAUCCAUGUAGACUUUGCGGAUGGUACACUGAUUACUUUUCUAGAUGACCCGAAGUUAUAUCCUAGCAUAACUGUCAAGUUACCAGAUGGAAAGACGAGACACCUGCCCUACACGCCACUAAUCAGAGGUAUGGGUGUAAACAACGUAGCAAUCAAAGGCAAUGCCAUCAUUGAUGGUCGAGGUCAAAUUUGGUGGGACCGGCUUCACCCACCAAGCGAUAGACCUGUUUCGGUACAUUUCUGGGUCGCAAACAAUAUUGUUCUGCAGAGCUUCCACAUCCAAAACAGUCCGAUGUUCAACGUACAUAUUGUGGACAGCAAUAAUAUUGAGAUAAAUAGUAUCAGCAUCAAAAACCCUCCAGAUUAUCAUGGAAAAGGCCCAAAUACUGAUGGCAUCAACCUCAACUCUGUUAAGAACGUACAUAUCGCUAAUGUCAAUAUAGCUACUGGAGAUGACUGCAUAGCACUUAAUGGGAACACUGACUCAAGAGGUAAGAAACCCACCCAGAACGUGCUGAUAGAGAAUAGUCAUAUGAACGCUGGUCAUGGAGGCGUGAGCAUAGGAAGCGUCACCUCGGGAGGCUUGAGGAACAUAACUGUAAGAAACUGUUACUUCAACAACACCGUCAGAGGUCUGUUUAUCAAAACGAACCGUCAAAGAGGAGGUACCAUCGCAGACAUUCACUAUCACGAUAUAGUGAUGACGAAUGUGAAGAAGGAGGGGAUUGCGAUAUCAGCGAUGUACAACGAUAAAGACGCUAGUAAGAAGCCGAUCACAGUAACAACUCCGUUUAUAAACAAUAUUGAGUAUAACAAUAUUAGAGGGAAUUGUGGUCGUAACACUAUCUCACUGGUAGGUUUACCUGAAUCACCUGUGCAGAACAUUAGGAUUAACGGUUUCACUGUCACUUCUAAUCAAGGAGUACUACUGAAUAAUACUAGAGAUAUCAUAAUUAAUGGUAAAAGACAGUGAGAUAUUUUAAAGCAAUAGUAUUUAUAUUUUUGUAUAAAAUACAUGUUUCAAUAGGAUGUGCAUACUUAUAUUUACGACCGAUCCCUUAACAUACGUCCGGAAUUACAAUCACGAACAACUGAGAUAGAGAGUUUAGCUACAUUUUGUCAAGGAUACAGCCUCAUAUACAGGGUGGCCCAUAAGUCCUUUGAGCUGGAAAAAAAGGAAUAAAACCAAACUAGUUACAUUAUGAAGAAUUAUUAUAUUUUGUUAUCAUCUUUAUUGAAUGGGAAUUAUGUUUUAAAAAUCACAUCGUCUAAAUGCAAUCCAUUACGAUCACGGCACUCAUAUAAACGACGUCUAAAAUUGUCGAUGACUGCGCGGCAAGUCAACACUGUAAUGCUUGCCAUUUCUCUUCGGAUAUUUUCUUUCAGGACAUCAACUGAUCGCGGAGUGGUGUCGUACACUUUACUCUUGAGGUAGCCCCAUAAAAAGAAGUCCAUUGGGGUCAAAUCUGGACUACGUGGUGGCCAGGAAAUGUCUCCUCUUCGAGAAAUUACUUUGCUGGGAAAAAGAUGACAGACGACGGGCAUAGAAAUGUUGGAGGUGUGGGCAGUUGCUCCGUCCUGUUGAAACCAGGUCUGCGUAUUAUAGCCUGGAAAAUUCUGCAACGCUGGUGUCAAAAACUCUUCUAUCAUUGCUACAUACCGCUCCGAAGUAACAGUUAAUGCGCGACCUCUGUCGUCCUCAAAAAAAUAAGGACCUACGAUGCCAUGCGCUGACAUAGCAGCCCAAACUGUAACUUUAGGGCUGUGUAAAGGCUUCUGAUGCUUACGCCUUGGAUUUUCGGGGCUCCAAUAACGGCAAUUUUGUUUAUUUACAUGCCCGUUUAAAUGGAAGUGAGCCUUGUCCGAGAACAACACAUUAUUGAGCGAAGAAAAUCGAUUCAACAUUUCAUUCGCAAAGUUUAGUCUCUGAAUAGCGUCAUUAUCUUUUAAUUCCUGCACUAACUGAAUUUUGUAAGCGUGCAGACGUAAAUCUUACCUUAAAAUCCGCUGUAAAGAUGUUCUGGGUACGUUUAGUGCACUGGAACGCUUACGAGUAGACUGGGUAGGAUUUUGACGAACAGACUGUGCCACAAUGUUGAUGUUUUCUUCAAUACGAGUUGUCCUUGGUCGAUACCACCGCUGUUUAUCUAACGUCGAACCAGUCUCUUCGAACUUAGCAACCCAGUUCUUAAUCGUUUGAGCCGUUGGACACUUUGUAAAAUUGUGUAAAUUGUGGUAUUCUCGAUAUUUACGCCGCGCAAUGGUUGCCGAAUCAUUAUUUUGAUAAAACGCGCGCACACAAAAAGCACGAUCCGCUCCAGUGAACACUCCAUGGCGACUGAAUUCCCAGACACUGAAGAUACUGCCCCCACCUCGCCCGCGCCGCUCACGCUCACCCGUUAAAUUUUAUUCAAAUUUGAAAUUUCAAAGGACUUAUGGACCACCCUGUAUUUCUCCGAACUCUGUCAAGCAAUGCUAGAUCCAGGUUGUUUCAAAUUUGUUACUUACCAUUGGGGUUUCGGAAAGGAUAAGAGAUACGAAGCCAGUUAAACAGGAGCGUAUUUAGGUACCUGUAACUUCGCUUCGAAUUUUCCACGAACCGUUUUCAUUUUUGACUGACUAUUUGAAAUGCGAUUUUAAAGUGAAGCGCCACUUUUUCUCUUCCACAAGAUGGCGUAAUCAGAGUUUUAAUAGGAUGUUUCGUCUCUUGUGUUCAAUCAUCAAGUUAUUUUUUUCUAAGAGCUAAGACAGUUUUGAGAAUUUUGAGAUUUUUGUAAAUUUUGAAGCACUUGAAAAUUUUUAAAACAAAGUUAACGUUAAAGGAACAUUCGAACACUUUUUGAGCGAUAAUGAAGACAGGGAGAAAGUAUAUCGCUUCCUCAAUGGGUUGACGUCGGGGCGCUAUGACAUUGAGCCUUAUUCAUAGAACAAAGGAUUAUCCUUGAACUUGCAAAUUUUAAAGGAAAUCCUCCAGAUGGUAUUUAUAAUAAUUUGAAGUGAAUGCUUUUGCUUUUUCAGUAUAAGCAUAUCCUUCAAAGCAGUGACAUGAGUAAAAGGAUAUUCAUAAUCUUUACCUUAUAGUUGGCAUAGGUAGCAUAUCCUUAAAAAAUUCUGAGUGUAGUCAGUAGCAGACUCAACUUCGUAACGGAAGGUGGUCAAACGAUGAUGGCGGAAAUUGUGGAUGUUAGGGAUGUUAAAACGUACAAACCUCGUUUACCUUCAGUUGGCCGUGACUUCAAAAAAUUAUAUCGGUUCGACGAAGCAAAUGUACAAUGGCUUGCGGACAGAUUUUUAGUUGAGAAUGAGAAAACUCGAGGAGGAGCACUUUCAUGUAUUCAUAAAAUGAAGAUAUGUCUACGCUAUCUCGGUGACCCUGGAUAUUGACAAGGUAUUGGUCAGGAACUUGGUGUUAGUCAAGCAACGGUAUCUCGGACUGUGGAUAGAGUUGUAAACAGCAUAGUUGCACAGUCGAACGAAUGGAUCCAGUUUCCAACUACCAACCAUGACCUGAUGGAGGCCAAGCGGAUAUGGCAAAGCAUGUAUAAAUUUGCGACAGCAAUUGGUGUAAUUGAUUGUACACAUAUAGGAAUCCUGAAACCAAAUCGCCAUGGAGAUGAGUUUAUCAACCGAAAAGGGAAACCUACUUUAAAUGUGCAAGCCUCUUGCGAUGUCAGAGAGAUGUUCACAAAUGUUCAUGUCAGUUGGCCUGGAUCAGUGCAUGACUCCAGAAUAUGGAUAAAUUCACAGACUAGAUCACAACUAAUAAGUAAAGCAAAUGUUGAACCCUACUGCGGGUGCAGAAAUAAAUUAUAAUGAGCUUUUAAAACAAGAAAGAGUUAUAAUUGAACGCUGUUUCGGCCAACUAAAACGGCGGUUUCCUAUCCUACAAUAUGUUUGCCGCGUAAAGUUGGAGAAUGUGCCGAAAAUAAUGAUUGCUUGUAUUGUCCUCCAUAAUGUUGCGAAGAGCUUGGGCGAUCCUGACUUUGAGUUAGUUUAACAAGACCCAGAUCAAGAUGAAGGAAAUCAUGAGAAUGACGAACUUUCUCUCCGCCAACUAGGUCAACAAAUAAUAAAUAAGUUUUGUUGAUUAAAGUGUACUUGUAAGUUAUAAUAAGUUGUAUUUUCGUGAACAUCAUAAGUUACAGGUUGCUUCUGACGCUGCAUCAUUUCUAAUUUCGUUUUAUAAUACUCUUGUUGUAAAAUACUUGUUUGGUACUGCUAUAAUAGCACAGUUGUUUUGUGGCCCCACGAUACCCCAUGGGUGUUUAGGCCUUAGGCCUUCUUGGUAGUUGGAGUAUAAAAAAAAGUGAACCCAUUGGUUACCUCAGUUUCGUAUUUCUCUAUUGCUAAUUUCCUUUUUGGUGGCAAUGUCUUUUGCUCACUGUGCUCGGUAUAUAGUUCACUUCCUUCUUCUUGAACACUACCAACCUGAAUGGCACCUCUAAUUUUCCCAAUUGUAGGAUUACAGUCUCCUUCCAUAGCUUUCAGCAACCUUCUUUUCCAAUACAACAAUUUAAUUGCUUUAUUACCAGUUUUUUUUUAGAUGUUUUUUUCUUCAAUCUUGAUUCCAUGUUGUUGAUUUUUUUUAAUAAGCCUUUAGUAUGUAAUGGUUUACCGAAUCUUUAUUCGUAUUUAUUUAACAUCUUCUUCAAGGCAUCGUCCUUUUUCAUUUUUAUUUUUGGAACUUAUAACUUUUACAAAAUAAUGGGAGCAAUGGCAAUUUCAUCUGCGAUUAUUGCCAUUAUUCUGUAUAUUUUCCUCCUCACUUGAGGAUGACGUGCUUAUUAAUUUGAUACAAAACGGUAUCUAGUAAAAAUACGGAACGGUCUGUGUAAGCUCUGGAGUACAACUGUCAAUGAUGCUGAGUGAACGAACUCCCACGUCAAUCACAAGCUGGAACAAGUCAGGACAUGUCGCUCAAGAUACAAAUACCAGUCAACCUUUUACUUCUUCUUGGAGGAUAUCCUCGCGAGUAUAAGGUAAUAAUUAUGAGUAUGAAAACAAGGAUAUGCUUAUAGAUCUGUAUAGGUCCAAAAGUUCAUAAUGAUGUGCCAAAUAGUAUUAAGAGAUUGAGAUAUUCUACUGUUAAAAAGGAAUUAACAAGAUGGAUUAUUGAUAGUCAAUACGCCAUUAAUUAUGUAAUAUAAAAACCUGUAGCAUUAAAGGUAUUAAGUUCCUAAAAUUUAAGAUAAAACAUAAUAGCUUUGAAUUUGUUUGAUCUAUUUUUAUAUUUCUUUUUCUCUUUGUAAACUAGAAUUAAGAACCUCAAUGAAAAAGUUACACUUAACAAUGUGAAUGGGGUGCACACACAGUAUUUUGAAUACAAUUGUGCAUCUAAAACUAUUAGCAAUAGUGGGUAAUUUUAAGAAUAGAUAGCUGGAUUUAAAUAUUAUACAAUAAUUGUAAAGUCUAUAUAUUUAAUAUGAUGUAAAAAACUGUAUACAUGUUGAAUCUGCUGCUAAUAAAUGAAUAAAUAAAAAAAUAAAAAAAAAAUACUUCUACAUUUUUCUCCGAAGCAAGACCUUAUACUGCUACCUUAUGCUUCCGAGGAUAUGCUUCUCUUUUAUGAGUACGGCUCAUUGUGACGCAAAAUUUUGAAUACCGUCUACAAGAAUGGCGAUUAUGUAGAAAAAUAGAGCUUAGCUCCUUCUUUCCAAUGAUGUAAAUUUCUAUGAGAAUAAACAGUACAUGUAUAAAAUAGCUGAGAUCCUUAUCUCUGAUCAACCCUUGAAUGUUGGAAACGCAUCUUAAGAGUCAACGAAGUCGAUCUCCGCUACCAGAAUUAAAAGAUACCUUGAUCACUCACCUCUUUCCCCACUCUAUUCUUCCACCGCUUCCAAGCUCCUUCUGCCAUUCCAGCUCUCCAGUAAUCCACCAUGUAACCUUCUGCAUACUCCUGGCCUUGUCCGUUACCGAAGCGACCUUGAGUAUGAAGUGCAGCCACCACGUACUCUUCCUCCAGGUCCACUUGCAGGUACUCUUUGGAAUCACGUGAGACCAUCUGACGGGGACACCAUGCCCCACCAUUCUUUGCAUUGUGUAACCUGUACAAAUAUAAUAAACGGAUUUUGUUUUUAAAUAAAAUCAAGAAUUUUAGAAAAAAUAUCACGCUUACUUUAUUAUAAAAGUGUGGAAAUAAGGGCGCUUUGUUUUAUAAAUAAUAUUCGUCAAAUGCCCCCCUCAGCUGUUUCUAUAGAUGACCAUUCCUAGACUAACAUUUUCAGUGGCCUUAUUGAAACAAAUGUCGUAAGGCAUUUUUUGCUUCAGGUCACUAAUUGUCUGCAAAUUGACUGGAUCUUUUUUAUCAUAUUUAUCAUAGCAUGAUACAUUCCUGCACUAAUGCAGGUUUUUCUGCAAUAAUCUGUGUGGAGAUAUAAUUCGAAUUACGAUUAGGAGACCAUCAAUCUGUUGUUCUUAUUUACUCAAAUCUGUGUUCAUUAACCUUUUUUUUAACAAGAGCUAUUAAUUUACCAGGCCCCAUUGGUAUAGGACAGUUCAUGAAUGCCUUCUACCAAAAUCGGCUUAUUUGACUAUAUUGACCUUUUUCUCACCCAGAAUGUGGUAGUUCCCAAUACUCAUAGAUCUCUUGAUUGCACCGUAUUGAGGAAUUCAUCAAAACAGAUUUAAUAUUAAUAAUGAUGAUAAAUGACAAUAAUAAUAAAUAGUCUUUAUUCAUCCUUCAAGGCAACUUAAGAAAAAAGAUAAUGCAACGACAAGCUGAUUUUCAACUAAACCCAUAAAAAAAUAACGCUCAUACAAAAUAUAUAAGAAAAUAAUAUACAGUUCAAAAUAGAAGGUACGAGAACAUCUCCAAUACUAGAGAUAGAUUCAUGACUCAUAUUGUGACUUUGCACCUCAGUGUGCAUGUAGCAAAUAUAUAAAUAAGAAAUCGAGCUUGAAAUAUCUAGGAAUAAUUAUACAUGAACUUCUUACUUGUAAAGGUCAUGUUGAGUAUGAUACAACAAAGAUUAGAAAACUUAUUCACAAAUUUUAUGAAUUAAGGGAAAUAUUAGACUUCAGAACUCUUAAAACAGUUUAUUUUGCUUUAACAGAAUCUGUAAUUAAUUAUGGUUUCGUAGUUUGGGGAAAUACAAGGUUAACAACGUUAUCCAAGUUACAGGUAGCUCAGAAAUGGAUCAUAAAAAUUAUGGUUUUCAAACAGAAACGAUAUUCAUCUGAACUUGUUUUAGAGACAGUAAAAUACUGAACCUAGAGCAGCUCUAUUUAAAAUCACUUAUAAGAUUUAUGAUGAAAUAUGAUUUAUACAAAGAAUACUUACAGCAUGGCCAAAAUACAAGAAGUGCUGCUCACACAGCUUGCCAGAGUCACGUUUACUGUAUAGGUCCAAAAGUUUAUAAUGAUGUGCCAAAUAGUAUUAAGAUAUUGAGAUAUUCUACUGUUAAAAAGGAAUUAACAAGAUGGAUUAUUGCUAGUCAAUACGCCAUUAAUUAUGUAAUAUAAAAACCUGUAGCAUUAAAGGUAUUAAGUUCCUAAAAUUUAAGAUAAAACAUAAUAGCUUUGAAUUUGUUUGAUCUAUUUUUAUAUUUCUUUUUCUCUUUGUAAACUAGAAUUAAGAACCUCAAUGAAAAAGUUACACUUAACAAUGUGAAUGGGGUGCACACACAGUAUUUUGAAUACAAUUGUGCAUCUAAAACUAUUAGCAAUAGUGGGUAAUUUUAAGAAUAGAUAGCUGGAAUUAAAUAUUAUACAAUAAUUGUAAAGUCUAUAUAUUUAAUAGGAUGUAAAAAACUGUAUACAUGUUGAAUCUGCUGCU